UCACUAUCGUCAGCCCGUUUUUAUAAUUCUUAGCGAACAAUAUGAAAUCGGGUUCGGUUUCUACGAUAAACGAUACGUUUUCACUUGAAAAAUGGAAUUCUUACUACAAUGAACUGUAUUUACCAAACACGGUUCUUCUGACUAUUGGCCUUCUGAUUGGAACGUUCGGAAACGCAACUGUUAUCAUAGUAUACCAAAGAGGCUUAAAGAACAAGGGACAUGGACGCUUUUUCAUACCAAUUUUGGCAACUAUAGAUUUGAUUUGUGUUUUAUUGAGUGCCACAUAUAACAUUGUGCAGAUUACAAGACACGUCACAUUUCCAGGCUCCUUGGUUUGCAAACUUUUUAUUUACUCAAUAAGGGUAAUUUUGGGCCAAUCUGUAAUGGUCAUGACAGCAAUUGCGGUGACCAGACUUCAACAAAUUUGCCAAAUUACGAAGCAUCAAAUCACGAAGUCUCACUUGCGAGUUUUCAUUGUAUGCGCCAUAAUAUUUUGUGCACUUUCCAACAUCCCCACACUUUUUGUUUUCGGAACUGUCAAGAUUUACAAAGAAAACAUUACUGGGUACAAGUGUAUGGAAAUUGACAACGAUGCACGAGCAUUGGAAAACGGGAUUAUGACAUUCACAGGAGUUUUUCAUGCCUUAUGUUUGUUUAUCGUAUUUGCUUCGUACAUUUCUAUUGCAGUCCAUCUUUUCAAUAUAUACCACAGACGAAACAAAUUGAAUGAAGAAAGCACUGAAUCUGGAAAAGGAAAAGACUCAAUGCAAUCACUUCCAAGGCAAAGGCGGAAAACUUCCUUGACGUAUCGAUUAACGUUUAUGUUUUUUACGUUACAACUCAGUUUGCUGUUAGCAUUUAUACCGCCAUUUAUUGUAAUAAAGCAAGAACUGGAUGAUCCAAAUUUUUGGGAUAGAAAAAGUGACAAGUAUUCAAAGAAUGUCUAUCUAGCAAUGCGGAUGUUCUAUUUUAUGAAUGCUAUUGUUAAUCCGUUUUUAUAUGGGUUUUUUGAUACAUCUUUCCGAAGGAAACUUUUCGAACUUGUUUUCAAAAGAAAGAUACCUGAAUUGGUAUCGGCUGUGCAACAAACGACUUUCUGAAUACAAAAUAUCAUAAUUAUACUGUUU